AUGAUUCUUGGUUCGUCAGCAUUGCUUGCAGUUUUAUUUUCUAUUGUUUAUAUAGUUUUCAAAGGAGAAAAAAGAAAAAAUGAGGAAGAGGAUUGUAAAAAUUUUUUGAUUUGUCCUAUUCGCGGUGCCUUGCAAGUUAAAAAGUAUGAUAUUGGAGGUAAUUAUACUGAGGAAUAUCAAAGGAUUAGAUUAAUUAGAUAUUUGAUUCAAAAGAAAAAGUGUCCUAAAUCAUUUUUUCGUUUCGAAUAUCCCCUUGAAAGGUCUUUCGGUCAUCAAGGACAUAGCAAAGUAAGAAUCUUAGUAGACUUGGUAUUAGAAAAAGAAGGUCGGAUUUGA